AUGACCACAGAAGACGCGAGAGAGUCCGCAUCAGAGCAAACACCUCUGCUGCGGGCCGAUGGAGAUCCUCCGCUCCCCAAAGAAGCCACCACCAAGGAGCUGAUUUGGAUCCUCGGGAGCAUCUGGCUGGGAGUAUUCCUGGCGGCACUAGACACGACCAUUGUCGCCACUCUCUCCGCGCCCAUCUCAUCUUCCUUCAAUUCCUUCUCGCUGCUCUCGUGGCUCGCAACCUCGUACCUGAUUUCCAAUGCCGCCUGCCAACCACUCAGCGGCCGAUUGACGGACAUCUACUCUCGUCGCUGGGGACUGGUUUUCUCUAAUAUCUUCUUCGCGAUCGGCAACUUGAUCUGUGGGUUGGCGAGGGCGCAAUGGGUCAUCAUUCUGGGUCGCGUGGUGGCAGGUGUUGGCGGAGGGGGUCUGACCGCGAUUUCGACCUUCGUCACCUCCGACCUGGUCCCUUUGCGUAAGCGCGGGAUCUGGCAAGGCAUUGGGAAUAUCUGCUUUGGUGCCGGAAUGGGUUUGGGGGGUGUGUUCGGUGGUUGGAUCAACGAUACCCUGGGUUGGCGAUGGGCCUUCCUACUUCAGGUGCCUUUCCUAGUGGUUUCCUGUGUGCUGGUAGCGGUGAAGGUGGAUAUUCCCGUUAAGGACUCCGACACAGCACGUAUCAAACGGGUUGACUUCCUCGGAGCUAUCACGCUGGUCCUGACAUUGGUUACCCUGUUGCUUGGCCUCAAUACAGGCGGAAACCAGGUGCCCUGGACCCACCCAUUGGUUCUGGGAUCGUUGAUCAUGGCUGGCAUUUUCCUAGCCUUGUUCAUCUACGUGGAGGCUAAGGUUGCGACCGAGCCUGUCAUCCCGGUGCGCCUUCUGCUCGACCGCACUGUGGCAGCCGCUUGCUUGACCAACUGGUUCACGACGAUGGCCGUCUUCGGCCUCCUAUUCUACCUUCCCGUGUUCUUCCAGGUACAAGGACUUUCGGCCACCGCCGCUGGGGCGCGCUUGAUCCCGCAGGCUGUUGGUACCUCGAUUGGGUCUCUGGGAUCGGGCAUCAUCAUGCGUGCCAGCGGUCGAUACAAGGUGCUGAACCAUGUCACUAUGGGCCUACAGGUCCUGUCUGCUGGGCUGAUUUGCACGUUGGGCUUGUACACCCCUGUCGGGCUGCCCUUCCUGUAUUUCUUCUUGGGCGGUGCAUCCUACGGCAGCAUGUUGACUAUCACAUUGGUUGCUCUCAUCUCGGCUGUUGACCACACGCACCACGCCGUGGUGACCUCUGCUUCAUAUGCUUUCCGCAGCACCGGGAGCACCAUCGGAAUCACGAUCGCGUCCGCGGUCUUCCAAAACACCCUCAAGAUUGGGCUUUGGGGUCGGUUUGGUGAGCGUGAACAUGCCGCGGAUAUGAUUGGACGCCUGCGUGAUAGCUUGGAUGAGAUCUGGAAGUUGCCCGCGGACUGGACACCCGGGGUUCUUGACGCUUACAUGGAUUCCUUGCGGGCAGUGUUUUUGACUUUAUUCGGCCUCACCAUCUUAGGUUCCCUUUCGAGUCUUGCCAUGCGGGAGCAUACCUUGCACAACAACUUGUCCCGGCGCUAG